AUGGGCGCUGAUAAUAGCAAAUGUCCCCAUCAGACAUUGGCUGAGAAGCGCUACAAAAUCGAGAGACCGAAAACCAAAAAAGCUUCAGUGUCUUCUGGAAGCGCAUCGGAGCGCAGCACUCUCAAUCAUAGUUCGGAUGAAUCACGCAGUAUGCGAAUGACCGUUUCCACCGGCGAUGUGAGCACCGAAAACGACAAUCGCAAAAUUUCACUUGUCGAAAAUGAGCAAACGCCGACGAAGCCAAAACAAAAACAUUUUUUGACGAGAAGGGAAAGAAUUCUGCUCGAGCAGAGUUGGAGAAAAACUCGAAAGACUGGCGCCGAUCAUGUCGGCUCGAAAAUCUUCUUCAUGGUUCUUACUGCUCAACCGGAUAUCAAGGCAAUAUUUGGACUAGAGAAAAUUCCUCUUGGCCGUCUGAAGUAUGAUCCACGAUUCAGACAACAUUCAUUGGUUUACACCAAGACAUUGGACUUUGUAAUAAGGAACAUCGACUAUCCUGUUAAAAUCGAGACGUACUUUGAGAAUCUUGGUCGCCGCCAUGUCGCCAUGCAGGGAAGAGGGUUUGAGCCGGGAUACUGGGAGACAUUUGCGGAAUGCAUGACACAAGCGGCUGUUGAAUGGGAAGCGAAUCGUCAGCGUCCGACACUUGGUGCAUGGCGGAAAUUGAUCUCGUGCAUCAUUUCAUUCAUGCGACGUGGAUUCGAUGAGGAGAAGGGUAAGAAAAGAAGUUUCGCUUAUGGUGGCAGCGGAUACACGGCGAAACCACGACGCUCAAUUUCACCGCUUCCUGGCAAUGCGAACUGA